UUUGUUUGAGAUUUGAGAUGAUUGAAAAGUGAAAUAUAUAUACAUACACACUCAGUGAAGGUGAAGACGAAAGAAGAACACAAAGUAAUCAGAAAAGUGAAAAAGAAGAAACAGAGGGGAAAACGUUUUCGUUAAUCGGAGAUUUAUAAUUAUUAGUUUCAAUGGCGGAUCGGAGCAAAGGCUUUAUGAGAGAUGAAUUCGUGACCUAUGCUUACAUUUUACUCUACAUCGCACUUUCUAGUGGUCAAAUCUUCUUCAAUAAGGUUUGAUCGCAUUGCGUUUGCUUUCUUCUUAACCUGGUGGAUUGUGCUCGUACGUUCUGUUUGAUUUUCUGGCUAGUCCUGCUUCUGUAAUCCCUGAGAAUUGAGGAUAAACUGUAAUCACAUAAGCUUGAAUUUUAAGUCUUGAGGACUGUUGCUGAGCAAUUGAGUGUAUCUAAUGGGCGACCUGUUUGUUAUUUGCUUAUGCAUCAGAGUUCACCACUGAGUCCAAAUUGUAACAUGGGUUUUGUCAUCUAAGGAAAUAAAUUUCCCUUAUCCGCUUGGAUUGACUUUACUCCAUAUGAUCUUUUCCUCUGUCUUGUGCUUUCUUCUUACCAAAGUUUUAAAGAUCGUGAAGGUUGAGGAAGGAAUGACACUAGAAAUAUACGUUACAUCAGUUAUUCCAAUAGGUGCAAUGUUUGCGAUGACCCUCUGGUUGGGAAACACUGCCUACCUAUACAUAUCAGUUGCAUUUGCGCAGAUGUUGAAAGCUAUAAUGCCUGUUGCUGUCUUUAUUCUUGGAGUAGCUGCUGGACUUGAAAUGAUGAGCUGCAGGAUGCUUUUGAUAAUGUCUAUCAUAAGUUUCGGUGUUUUAGUGGCUUCUUAUGGAGAAUUAAAUAUCAACUGGAUUGGAGUGGUUUACCAAAUGGGUGGUGUCGUUGGAGAAGCACUGAGGCUCAUCUUCAUGGAACUUCUUGUCAAGAGGAAGGGCAUCAAAUUAAACCCAAUCUCUCUUAUGUACUACGUGAGCCCCUGCAGUGCUAUUUGCUUGUUUGUACCGUGGAUCUUUCUAGAGAAAUCGAAGAUGGAAGGCAAUGGCACAUGGAACUUCCAUUUUGUAGUGUUGACCCUUAAUUCCCUCUGUACAUUUGCCCUCAACUUGUCUGUUUUCCUGGUGAUUUCUCACACGAGCGCUCUCACUAUCCGAGUUGCUGGCGUUGUCAAGGACUGGGUGGUUGUCUUGGUCUCAGCUCUUCUCUUUGCCGACACAAAACUCACAAUAAUCAAUCUUUUCGGUUACGCCAUUGCCAUUGCGGGUGUAGCGGCUUAUAACAACCAUAAGCUAAAGAAGGAAGCAUCCAAAGUUCCUUCAGAAACUCCAGCAGAUGGUGAUUCAAUACCGUUAGUGUCACAAGCUUAUACUAAUACAGAGAGAUGA